CAAAAUUCAAAAAUUCUCUGACAAACAAAAUCUUCUUCCUUUCCUGAGUCCUUACAACCCUGGAACUUACCAGUUUCAACCAAACAAAACACUUGCACAAUCCCAACAGACCAAAGGCAGCCGAGUUGCUGUUCGUGUUGGAUUAAAUGGCCACGCGCUACAAGUCGUACGAUGCACGCUCCUCCACCUCCUCUCAUUUCUCUGAUCCCUCGUCGUCUAUGGAGCUCAUCAAGUCCUUUUCUCGGAGGCCAGAAUCCUCCUCCUCCUCCUCGUCUUCCUCUCGAGCUCUCGUGAAAUCAAAGCCGUUGGAUGUAGGCCCGGGCAGCCGCAGCAAAACCAAGGCUGACCACAAUCUGGCGAGCAUGGUGAAGAGAUUUAUGGACAAGAAAUCCACGAACAAGACGAUUGGGCAGGGGCAGCUGGUCAUUCCGUCCGAUGUCCUAGCUGAGGAUCUCCAGAAGGCUGCAAGGAAGGGAGCUGCUUUCACGGCGUUGCAGAGAAAGCUGUUCGGAAAAGGUUCUGCCGACAAAAAGGAAGUGAAGGCCUUGACAGAGGUUAAAGGGAAUACCAGGACGUUGGCCAUGGUUUUGAGAAGUGAGAGGGAGCUCUUGAGUGCCAACAAAGAGCAGGAGAUGGAGAUUGCUGAGCUCAAGCUUCAGCUCCAAGACAAGAACAGAGAGGUUGAGAAGCUCAAAGACUUGUGCUUGAAGCAAAGAGAAGAAAUUAAGUCAUUGAAGAGUGCAAUACUGUUCCCAGAUGUCAUGAAUUCUCAACUUAAAGAUAUUGUAGAGAAGCAAGGUUCGGAGCUGACACAAGCCAAACAGCUAAUCCCAACUCUCCAAAGACAGGUCACUUCUCUCACAGGACAGCUCCAAUGCCUUGCCCAGGAUCUUGCUCAGGUGAAGGCAGAUAAGUAUUCUGCCAGGGCAUUUCACCAGCGGCACGGCAGCUCUCCCAGGACACCCAGAUAUGAUCGAGAAGAGCCUUCUGAUUCUUUGGAAUUCAGUUCUGCUGAUGCGACAACUCCUGGUAGUCCAGAUGACUUGUUCCUCGAAGAUUUAAAUCCCUGUUUAACACCUUAUUAUUCCAAGACAAAGUCCAAGGAAUUCGAUGAGAUAGGCUAUGACUCACCACAUAAUGAAUCCUUAUCCACGAACAAUAAACAAACGUUCACUGAGGUCGGAUUCAGUUCUCGCAGCAAGAGGUUGUCCAAGAGUUCAGAUUGUUACCAGGAUUCCAAUAGAGGAAGCUCCAUGGCCCGGACAAAUCGCAGAUCAGAUGAAAGUACAGGCUCAUACCGAAAGCAAAUGCAUCAUAAACCUUUCUAAUUGCUUGGUAGCAAGUCAGAUGAGCAUUCAUUUCAUCUUAUUUUCAAUUUUUCACCUUUCCCUUUUCCUCUUUGCCCCUCCUUUUUGUUGGAUUAUGGAUCAUAGUUUUGGUUUGAGUCAAAAUUGUUAGCCCCAGGUGUACAUGGAAUGCUUUAAGCGCAUCAACAAGGGAAGAUAUUUGUCAAGUUAAAUCCAUGUUCAGGAUGCGUUAUGGGUCUGGGGCUACAAUGUAAUGCCAAUGA